AUGGAUUCAUCAGUUGAUGGUUUUUUGCAUUCUUUGGGUCUUGAGAAAUAUCUCAUUACUUUUCAAGCUGAGGAAGUUGAUAUGACUGCGCUUGUACACAUGACUGAUGAAGACCUGAAGGCUCUAGGGAUACCAAUGGUUUUCUUUAAAAUGUUCUUCUUGGCUCCUUUGACUGAUUUGUGGGUUGAGAGAGAAUGUUGUGCAUACUCUCUUCCUCACAAACGCUCUUCCCAAAAGUGA